AGGGUGUUGCUAGGGUGUAAGCCUGUCCCGUGAUUAGUUGUAAAUCACCAUCACCUGCUUUCAGAUUGAGCGGCUUUCACUACACAGAGCCGUAGUUCACUGACAAGCAAGGUGAUAUCGUGUUUGAUAUUUUUCCUAGGAUACAGAUGUUAAGUGAGCAGCUGCAGUGGUGAUGUCCCGUCCUCCUCCAGACCCGCAGUACAUUCUGAGAGGUUCAGGGGCCGCCGUGAACAGCCUGAGCUUCAGCUGUGCUGGCCAUGGAGUGCCAGUCCUCUACUCUGGGUCAAGUAAAGGUGCAAUCCAUGUGUGGAACCUGAUCACCAGGAGAGCAGAGCGCAUUCUAGAGAGCCACGCUGGGAGCUCCGUUAUCUGGCUCCACACUUUCAGAGACAGCAGAAGCAGAUUGAUCAGUCAGGGUCGGGACAUGCGGCUGUGCGUGUGGGAUCUGUCUGAAGACCGCAGCGCAGUGACAGACUCUCUCCUGACCGCCAGCGUGGGCUUCUGUCAGUGCUCUGUGCUGGAGACCCGACCCGGAGCCGCUCUGCUGGCCCACCCCACAGAACACACGGAGGAGGUGAGUGUGGUGGAGAUGAGGAGCUGGACUCCAGUUUGCUCUCUUAAACCAGAUUCAAAGCUGGGGAUUCUGCAUUCCUGUGUUCCUUGGUCUUUCAUCUGUUUGUUUGUCUCUCUGCAGGCGGACUCUGGUCCGGUUCUGUGUGCCGGUUAUGAGGAUGGCUCUCUGGUGUUAUGGGAUGUUUCCCAUCGGCCGGGGGGGGGGGGGGCCCCAUACAGCUGUCUGAAGGCACAGACUGGCCAGCUCAUGUGUCUAGACGUUGAUGUAUGCAAGCAGAAAGGCAUCUCCGGGUCUUCAGAGAAGAUCCUUCAAUCCUGGACAAUUGACAACCAGCAAAACCUUCAAAUGCAUGACUCUGUUCAGAUGACCAAUCCUGGGGUCUCCCAGCUGUGUAUUCGUGCCGACGGAAAGAUCCUCGCUACGGCGGGAUGGGACGACAACAUCAGAGUGUUCGGCUGGAAGAAACUGAAGCCGCUGGCUGUUCUGCAACAUCAUACUGACAUGGUGAAUAGUGUGGCCUUCUCAGACCAUCAGGACCCCCCACAGAGACUUUUGGCCGCGGGGUCCAAGGACCAGCGGAUCAGUGUGUGGUCUAUUUAUAGCGAAAGUUGAGUUUGAAAGACAGAGGCCCACUUUACUAUUUCCUUCAAACUGAUUGUUGCAAAUUACUCUGACUUUAUUUACAUGCUUGAACAUGGUGCUAAUAUAUUUUCUUUGAAUGAAUGAAAGCACUUAAAUUAGUGGCCGGCUGCCAUCCGGAGGCGGAGCUACAACAAAGUCUCACUUAACUUUUUUUUUUUUUUUUUAUAUAAUCACUUGAGGUAGUGCUGUCAACCGAUUAAUCGUGAUUAAUCGCGAAUCCAAAAUCCAAAGUUUUUGUUUAUAUAUGUUUAUAUAU